AUGCGGCUCUGGCUCUGGGGGCCUCGGAGCCUGGGUGUGGCUCUGGGGGUCUUCAUGACUAUUGGAUUCGCCCUACAGCUCUGGGGAGGCCCCUUCCAGAGAAGGCUACCUGGAGUUGGGCUUCAACUUCGACAGCCCUGGGCCCCAUCCCGGGAUCCAAGUGUUCCAUCUUGUCCACCCCGACAGCGACUUGUUUUUCUGAAGACGCAUAAAUCCGGGAGCAGCUCCGUGCUGAACCUGCUUCAUCGCUACGGGGACCGGCAUGGAUUGCGAUUUGCCCUCCCUACCCGCUACCAGUUCGGCUACCCAAGACUUUUCCAGGCCUCUAGGGUCAAAAAUUACCACCCACAGGAUGGAGGUGCCAAGUCUCCUUUCCACAUUCUCUGUCACCACAUGAGGUUCAACUUGAAAGAGGUACUCCAGGUCAUGCCUUCUGACAGUUUCUUCUUUUCCAUCGUCCGAGAUCCAGCAGCUCUGGCCCACUCUGCCUUUUCCUACUAUAAAUCCACUUCAUCGGCCUUCCGCAAAGCUCCCUCCUUGGCUGCCUUUUUGGCUAAUCCUCGAGCCUUCUAUCGGCUUGGGGCUCGUGGGGACCACUAUGCCCGCAAUUUGCUGUGGUUUGACUUUGGCCUCCCCUCCCCACCAGAUAUGAGGACCAAGAGAAAGACUCCUCAUCCCCCCAGAGUUUCCAAUUCUCCACAGCUGCAUGUCCCACCUUCUGGUGCCGGCCCACGAGUCCACACUCUGGAUCCCAACGCUAUCUUUCAACCUGCUCCCACGGUUGCCAUUGGUCACAGUCAGAUGUCCAACCCUGCCUCUUUAGAUUUGGAAUCUUCGUCCUUCAUCCAGUGGGGUCUGGCUUGGCUAGACUCUGUCUUUGACCUGGUUUUGGUGGCUGAAUACUUUGAUGAAUCACUGGUCCUGCUGGCAGAUGCCUUGUGCUGGGGUCUAGAUGAUGUGGUGGGCUUCAUGCACAACGCCCAGGCUGGAGGUGAGCGGGGCCUCAGUGCUGUCAGGGGAGGUAGACUGACCCAUGAGGAGCAGCAGCUGGCUGCACGAGCUCGUGCCUGGAACAACCUGGACUGGGCUCUGUAUAUUCAUUUCAACCGCAGUCUGUGGACACGGAUAGAGCAAUAUGGCCAGAGCCGGCUGGAGAGUGCUGUGGCAGAACUCCGGGCUCGGAGAGAGGCCAUGGCUAAACAUUGUUUGGUGGGGGGUGAGGCUCUGGACCCCAAGUACAUCACUGACCAUCGGCUCCGCCCCUUCCAGUUUGGGUCGGCCAAGGUUUUGGGCUAUAUACUUCGGAGUGGACUGAGCCCCGAGGACCAGGAGGAGUGUGAGCGCCUGGCUACCCCUGAGCUACAGUACAAGGACAAGCUGGAUGCCAAGCAGUUCCCCCCCACAGUCUCCCUGUCCUCCCCAUAG